CAGGGCUUCCAGGCCUCAGAGGGCUGACUGCCUUUGCACAUCUGGCCCUGCUGCCUAAGGGCCACAGCCAGCCGUGAUUAAUCCUACUGCUGCCACCCCCUGUCUACAGGUAAAAUGAACAUUCAAGAGUAUUUCUCAAGAAUUUCUUUUGAUGGCUCCCAUAAGGAUGCAGACUUGCAAACCUUAACAGCCAUCUUCCAGCAUCACAUCCAGGCGAUUCCUUUUGAAAACCUCAGCAUGCAUUGCGGAGAGACCAUUGACCUGGAUUUGCAAGCUACUUACAAUAAAAUUGUGAAAAAGAAACGCGGUGGAUGGUGCAUGGAAACAAACUACCUUUUAUUUUGGGCCUUGAAAGAAAUGGGGUAUGACAUCUGUGUGCUUGGAGGAAAUAGUUAUGAGCCAGCAAAGAAGGCGUACACUGAUGAAAUAAAUCACAUCCUACUGAAGGUUGUGAUCAAGGGAAGUUCCUACAUAGUAGAUGCUGGUUUUGGUGGCGGUCCCUACCAAACGUGGCUGCCAAUGUUGCUGAUUUCUGGGAAGGAUCAACCCCAGAUUCCAGGCAUCUUCCGCUUCAUAGAAGACAAUGGCAUCUGGUACUUGGAGAAAGUCAAGAGGAAACAUUAUGUUCCAGAGGGAAGUGUUCCUCUCACUGAUAAUCCAGAAAUGGGCAAUAUCAGAAAACUAUAUUCAUUUACUCUGGAGCCAAAACAUAUAGAUGACUUCCAGGAGCUAAACGCAUACCUACAGGUGGCUCCGGAUACCAUACUCCAGAAGAAGUCAAUCUGCAGCCUCCAGACCACUGACGGGUUUUAUGCCUUAGUUGGAUGGACCUUCUCUGAGAUGAAGUACAAGUACAAGGAGGAUGCAGACCUGCUGCAGACCACAACCCUCACAGAUGAAGAGGUUGAGAAGACACUGAAAGACAAGUUCAACAUAGUGUUAGAGAACAAACUGAUACCAGUAAACGUUCGUGGCUUGCCACCUAAUCUGGUGGAUACCAUAUAAUUCACAACACAGCUAAAUGAGUCUUUAAAUAUCCAGUAUUGAAACUUCUAAAACUAAGAUUAAUAGUAUUAAUGUGUUCUAAAAAUUCAGCUAAUUAGAUGAACAGAAAGCUUGGUAAACUCAAGUACAUUGUUAGUUAACUGCCCAUACUUAUUUCGUAGUUUUUUCUUACACUUCUCCUUUAGAAACUAAAAGAUCUUACUUCCUUUAAUCUUCUCAUGUGGAAACUGUAUUUUGUCUCCCUUAAUUUUUGUUCCAACUCUCUGUAUCUCUUUUGCUGC